UUGUCACACCUCCUGUCAAAAUGACUGAACUUCAUUCUGUCUCUGGUUUACUACAAUCUCUCUCCUUCCCAGGUGUUCACGUAUUUCAGCAGAUUUCUAGCUGUGAAUUGGACAGUGAGACUGGAGAAGUUCAUGGAUAUCGACGGUUUGGUUAUGAUGGAGAAGAAUUCAUAUCACUGGACUUGAAGACACUGACAUGGCGGUACACAGAGAAAGCUUCCAGCUUCAAGCAAAAUUGGGACCCAGGCAAACAUCGAUUACACUUCAGUGAAAAUUUACUCACCGACAUUUGUCCUCAGUGGUUGAAGGACUAUUUGAACUACGGGAGGAGCUUCCUGGAGAGAAAAGAUCUUCCCUCAGUGUCUCUCCUCCAGAAGACUGCCUCCUCUCCGGUCACAUGCCACGCUACAGGUUUCUGCCCCGACAGAGCCGACUUGUUCUGGACCAAAGAUGGAGAGGAGCUUCAUGAGGACGUGGACAAAGGAGAGAUCCUCCCCAACCAUGAUGGAAGCUUCCAGAUGAGUGUUGACCUGAAGGUUUCAUCCAUCGCACCUGAAGACUGGAAGAGAUACAACUGUGUGUUUCAGCUGUCUGGUGUCAAAGACGACAUCAGAACCAAACUGGACAAAGCAGUGGUCAUGACCAACGGGGGUAAGUUGGUCAGAAUGCUGGAGUCUGGAAAUGAAACAUAUUUGUCAUUGUGCUGCAGUAGAGAUGAAAUCUGA